UCUAAAUCCUGAUCUGGGUGGAGGUUGCAGGGGUGUAUGUGUGUGUGUGUGUGUGUGUGUGUGUGUGUGUGUGCGCGCGCGCGCACACACGCGCAUGCGUGGCGGCAUACAUACAGAUACAUAAAAUCAUCAAGCUAUACACUUAAGAUUUAUGCACUUUACUGUAUGCUAGUUGUACCUCAAUAAAAAAGUAGAUUUCUACCUGCUAUAACUGCACAUGAGGACUUCUGGGCUCCUGUUCUUGGAAGGCCUUGUGGUGCCAGGACCCUGACAUUUGGGAAGAAAAGGCUUGGCCAUUGGGCCCGUCACCGCCCCUCCUUCCGCAGUCAAAAGGCUGAUUUGCAUGCUCUGUUGUGGUCCAGUGGCCUUUCCAGCCCUGUGCCCCAAAGCACCUGGAGCAUAUAGCCUUGCAGAACUUCUCCUUGACUGCCUCCCUGCCUCUGGCCAUGGCCUGCCGGUGCCUCAGCUUCCUUCUGAUGGGGACCUUCCUGUCAGUCUCCCAGACAGUCCUGGCCCAGCUGGAUGCACUGCUGGUCUUCCCAGGCCAAGUGGCUCAACUCUCCUGCACGCUCAGCCCCCAGCACGUCACCAUCAGGGACUACGGUGUGUCCUGGUACCAGCAGCGGGCAGGCAGUGCCCCUCGAUAUCUCCUCUACUACCGCUCAGAGGAGGAUCACCACCGGCCCACUGACAUCCCUGAUCGAUUCUCGGCAGCCAAGGAUGAGGCCCACAAUGCCUGUGUCCUCACCAUUAGUCCCGUGCAGCCUGAAGAUGACGCGGAUUACUAUUGCUCUGUUGGCUACGGCUUUGGUCCCUAGGGGUGGGGUGUGAGAUGAGUGCCUCCCCUCUGCCUCCCAUUUCUGCCUGACCUUGGGUCCCUUUUAAACUUUCUCUGAGCCUUGCUUCCCCUCUGUAAAAUGGGUUAAUAAUAUUCAACAUGUCAACAA